AAAAGAAAAGCAGCGACAGUUCGUAAAUAGUACAGUGUACUCGCAUUCGCAUUCUUGAUUGUGCUUGUCUGGAUUUCAAAGUAUUCGCCUCGCUCAGACGCGAUUAGCAACACUCACUAUUUAAAUUGUGAUCAACAUUUUACACGGUGGUGCUUGACAUUGUCACGUAGUCUUCUCGCCCAAGAAGAUGUUUAACGGUAACUGGAAUCAGUCGCGAGAGCGACGGCGUGUCUUGGUCAAAUGCGGUGGCUUCUCAAGUCAAUUGGCACGCAAUGUCACCGAAAAGGUCGACGGAGAUCCAUUGUGGGGCUCGCGUUUCGAUGACAGCCAUCCAACGGCUGUGAUCCAAACGCAUUUGGAUUUCCUUCGCCAAGGUGCCGACAUCAUUCUCAGCAAUACUUAUCAAUCGAGUGUCGAGGGUUUCAUGCGCCAUCUGGGGAAGACGCGAGAGGAGAGCAUCGAGCUGAUUGAGAGAAGCGUUCGCCUGGCGCGACAAGCGAAAUCUCUGUACCUGGAGGAAGUGGCUGCAGCGAAUGGCAACAUUGGCGCCAGCAUGCCUUGGGUUCUGGCCUCGAUUGGACCGUAUGGAGCGCAUCUGCACGAUGGCUCCGAGUACACGGGCAGCUAUGCGAGCCGAGUGAGCACCAAAGAGCUGCAGGAUUGGCACACGACGCGCAUCGCGACUUGUCUGCAGGCGGGCGUCGAUGGUCUGGCCGUGGAGACGCUGCCUUGCCAGCUGGAGGCUUUGGCGGUCACUGAAUUGAUACUUGAGAGAUUCCCAACUGCGCGCUUCUGGGUGUCCUUUCAAUGCAAGGAUGAAUCUAGUCUGGCGCAUGGGGAAUCUUUUGCUGACGCAGCUUUGGCUGUGUGGGAUCUGAUUGUUUUGCACAAUGCGCAGUCACGUCUGCUGGGCAUCGGCGUCAACUGUGUGAAUCCCAGCCAUGUGACGCCUCUGCUCAAAUCUCUGCUGGCCAUCAAACCAAAGGAGGACAGUAUUCCGCUUGUGGUCUACAGCAAUCGGGGCGAAGUCUACGACAGCGAGCGAGGCGAGUGGACUGGAAAUGGUGUCAAUGUUGUGUCCUUUGUGCCCGAGUGGAUUGACCUGGGCGUCUGCAUCAUUGGCGGCUGCUGUCGCGUCUAUCCCGAUGAUGUGCUUGAGAUACGCAAAUGCGUCGAUGGCAUCGCCAAAGAGCCACAGUCGUGCAUCAAAACAUCAAUAGAGUGAAGGAUAGACAGUUGAUUGAUUCGAUAUUGUGUCAUUGUGAUGAUUCUCAGACCCCAAAAAUCCUUAGGCUAAUCUUGUACACGAUCAUAUCUUUUGCUGGUAUUUGUUGCUAUAGUUUAUAUAUAACAUAAUAAAUGUGCUUAGGGGUAAAAAUA